AUGAGCCCGGCCCAACGCCACUCGCAGUCGACCAAGUACUUUGGUUUUGUCUUGCCCGGUCCAGAAGCCAAAAUCGAGGCGCCCCGUCCCCGCUCGCAGAGCAACCAGCGAUCACCAUCAGUCCAGCAAGAUCCGGCUGUCGACAAACCCCACCAAACCCAGCCCGACCCGAGCCGCGCUGGCUCCAAAAUGCUCGCCGGCAUCUCUCUUGGACAAAAUACCAGCCACCAGCAGCCUCCUGUCAGCACCCCCCAGACCACGAAUCGUCAUCGCCUAGCAAGACGAGUCCGCCAUGCUCGAUUCAUCCAGCGCCUGUAUGGACCAACUCUCAAGAUUGCGGUGCUCCUGGCUCGCAACCCUGGUAAGGCGUCCGGCUUGGCUCGUCGGAUCGACCGAGUUGCCCUCAGCAUCCUCAACUGCAACUACCCGCUCAAAGUGAACCGUCCCGGCUCCGCAGCAACCGCUCGACACCGGGCGGUAGAGCGAGCCCAGUUCAAUUCGAUCCUCCGUUUCCGUCGACUCCGUCGGCUCUGUCGAUCCAAACACACGGCCAAGGGCGUCGGGCAUUUCAAGAGAAAGGCUGGCUGGAAUACGCUCGGAGGAUACUACUGGCAGAAGCGAAUCGCUCCCCUGAAGCGUAUGCUCGCACAUCUUGCUCAGCACCAGCCUCCCUUCCAGCAGUACAUUAACGACGUGGCCACCAACAUCUACGUUUCCAGCAAUUCGACCCAGCUCACCAACCGGCCCAAGCCCCGCCCAGCCUUCCAACUGGUUGUCCGGCUGAUGGACCGACUCUCCAAGAUAUCUCGCAUGUCUCAUCUGCUUGUGCGCCAAAGGACCCCGCUGCCGCUGCCCCCAGCUGCCCUGCCGCGAGACAUGUCGGAUCCAGUGCUGCUUCCCAUGGGCCCAGUCACCCAGCAGGAGGCCAGACGACGCAUGCAGGAAAACAGCCUCCUCGGGAUGAUCAGCAAGAUGCUUGUGCCUAUCCGUCCCACCCGUUCUCUGUCGGUGGGAGCGGCACGUCGCCCUUCGCCUGCUCUUUCGCCUGCUCCGUCGCCGGCCCCUUUGCUGGCCACAGUCGCGGCCCCAGCCCAAACUCGCUCAAGAACCGAGAGCUCCAAGCAAUCCGCCCAGUGCUACCGUAAGCUCAAGCAGUACGCCAAAGUCCGUACGAGCCAGAAAUCCGGGCAGCCAGUCGCACAUAUCGCCCGCAGGCGCCACAGAUCCUUGGCGCUCGAGAUUGUGGUGAUGUCGCUCUUCACGGCGGUCCAUCUGGUGCUCCUGCUUGCCGUGUUCUCGAUCAAAUUCCAUUACGACGCCAGCAAAGUGGAUCAAUUUGAUUUGUUCCUAUGGUCCAAUUGAGCGCUUUGUCACUGGAAUUGUCGGCGGGACCACUGUCGGCCGUCACCCCGACAAUCUCCGGCAUGGAGCCACAAGCGCUUUCGAACCACCCUCGUUGUCGUAUUUACACUUUGAUGCAUUCUCGACAGAACCGGCGCCUCCUUUG